AAAGUUCCGAGACCAACCUUUGGUUCGGAACCGCGGCGAAGCGGUGGAACGAGCCCAAUUCUUGUGAGGCGGUGAGAGCGUUGCUCUCUCCGUCAAAAGAUCGAGCCGUGUCCAUCAUCGACUUCCAAUUCUCAGCUCCUGACCAUCUCCUCCGAUCGCGGAGAGCUCGAAUCACGGAAAACAGCCACCCAGAAUUGGGUUGGUUCGAAGUAGGUUCUGAGCUGUGUCCGUGGUGAAUAAUCGGAUUUUGGGUUUGUUAUCUUGUUUUUUCUCUGUAGGUGGAGGAGAUCGUGGCUUAUGGAUUCGGGUUUUCUUUGUUGAUUUGAUUUGGUCAAGGGAUCAGUUCUGUGAGAGUAGUGGAGCAGCGUUCUUGUUGUGGCGGAUUCGAGCGGAAUAUGGCACAGAGCAGUUGGGAAGCUGAUAAGAUGCUCGAUGUCUAUAUAUACGAUUAUUUGCUGAAGAGGAAUCUGCAAACCACCGCUAAAGCUUUCAUGGCUGAAGGAAAGGUUUCUGCUGAUCCAGUAGCGAUUGAUGCUCCUAGAGGAUUUCUGUUUGAAUGGUGGUCUGUCUUUUGGGAUAUCUUCAUUGCAAGAACAAAUGAAAAGCAUUCUGAAGUUGCAGCAGCAUAUAUAGAGGUUCAACAAAUAAAAGCAAGGGAACAUCAACAACAGUUACAGAUGCAACAGCUACAACUGAUACAACAGCGACAUGCUCAGUUGCAGCGAAAUAAUCGUAAUUUGUCUCCUGCAAGUGCUGUAAAUCCUGAUGGUAUUUUGGGGCCUUCGACUGCUAGUGUCUUGGCUGCUAAGAUGUAUGAAGAACGUUUGAAGAAUCCACACUCAAUGGAUUCUGAAACAUCCUCACAGCUUCUUGAUCCGAGUGGGAUGGCCCUUCUUAAGUCAACAACCAGUAACCCAGGGCAGUUAGUCCAUGGUAACUCAGGGAGUAUUUCUGCAACAUUGCAGCAAAUGCAAGCUCGAAAUCAACAAACAACUGACAUUAAGACAGAAGGUAAUUUGGGUGUGCCUCAAAGAUCUUUGCCCAUGGACCCAUCCUCAGUAUAUGGACAGGGCAUUGUACCAUCACGGUCUGGAUUAGGUGUUGCUGGACUGAACCAAGGUGUUAGUGGUCUUCCACUCAAGGGUUGGCCUUUAACUGGUCUUGACCAACUUCGGCCUAAUUUAGGUCCACAAGUGCAGAAGCCUUUUAUAUCUACACCAGCUCAAUUUCAGCUGAUGUCACCCCAGCAGCAACAACAAUUUUUAUCACAGGCACAUGCUCAAGGCAAUCUUGGUGGCUCUUCCACCAUUGAAGAUAUGGAUCCUCGAAGAUUUAGAGCAUUGCCCAAGGGUAGUUUAAAUGGCAAAGAGGGCCAGCCCACUGGAACUGAUGGAUCUAUAGGUUCACCAAUUCAGUCAGAUUCGCCGAAGAUCAGACACGAUCAAGCUGAAUACCUAAUGAAGAUGAAAGUUGCACAGAUGCAGCAGUCCUCGACUCAGCAGCCACAGGAACAGCUACAGCAGCAACAACAGUUAGAGCAGAACAAUAGGAAAAGAAAGCAACCUUCUUCAUCUGGAGCUGCCAACAGUACUGGCACUGGAAAUACUAUGGGUCCUUCUCCCAACUCUCCUUCAUCGAUCCCUUUUACUCAUACAGCUGGUGAUGGGGUGGGGAUUGCUGGUAAUUUGAACCAUAUUAGCAGUAUGCCAAAAAGUUUAAUGAUGUACGGUGCAGAUGGGCCAGGACUUGCUUCAUCUUCAAAUCAGAUGGAUGAUCUGGAACAUUUUGGGGAUGUUGCUUCUUUGGAAGAUAAUGUUGAAUCGUUCUUAUCACAAGAUGAUGGAGAUCCAAGAGACAUAUUUGCUGCACUAAAAGGAAGUCCUACUGACCAAAAUCCAGGGUCUUUAAAAGGUUUUACAUUUAAGGAGGUUAACUGUAUUCGUACUAGUAACAGCAAGGUUGUCUGCUGCCACUUUUCUUCUGAUGGAAAAUUCUUGGCCAGUGCUGGACAUGAGAAGAAGGCUGUUCUCUGGAAUAUGGAAACCCGGCAAACAGAGAGUACUCAAGAAGAGCAUAGUCUUAUCAUUACUGAUGUUCGUUUUAGGCCAAAUUCAACUCAGCUAGCGACAUCAUCUUUUGACAGACUUGUGAAACUCUGGGAUUCUGCGCAGCCAAGUUAUUCCCUGCACACUUUUUCUGGGCACAACUCACAAGUGACAUCCCUAGAUUUUCAUCCAAUGAAGACUGAUCUAAUGUGCUCCUGUGAUGGCAAUGGUGAAAUUCGAUUGUGGAAUGUCAGCCAAUUUUCAUGUUCACGUGUUUCAAAGGGUGGUACUGUACAAGUUAGGUUUCAGCCCAAUAUCGGACAGCUUGUUGCAGCAGCUGCAGAAAAUGUAGUGUCAAUUUUUGAUGUUGAGACAGAUAGAAAGAAACACACAUGGCAGGUUCAUACAAAAGAGGUGCAAUCUGUUUGUUGGGACAGUACUGGAGAACUCCUGGCAUCUGUUAGUCAGGAUUGUGUGAAGGUGUGGUCAUUGACAACAGGCGAGUGCAUUCAUGAGCUAAGCUCCAACAGGAACAAGUUCCAUUCUUGUGUUUUUCAUCCAAGCUAUGCCAACCUCUUGGUUAUCGGGGGAUAUCAGUCUUUGGAACUGUGGAACAUGGUAGAGAAUCAAACCAAGACAAUCCAGGCACAUGAGGGUUUGAUUGCAGCUUUGGCACAGUCACCAGCCACAGGAUUGGUGGCAUCAGCAAGCCACGACAAGUCCGUUAAGCUGUGGAAGUAGAUUAAAGGAUUUUGGCUAUUGAUACCAUUGAUGGAAAAGAAACAGAAAAGGAACAAAUAACAUGCAUUGUAUUUUAUUCAGUUGGCUGGUUUACUUUCAACACAAUAAAAUUAGCUUUAGGUAUCUAUGAUGUUGGGUUAUGGAGAAAUAUGUAAUCAAAUGCAUUAAGUGUUCUACCUAUUGGGCCUUGGGUAAUAGAAGGGCAAAAAAAAAAAAAA